AUGCAGCAUGAACUUUUAGUGUCAGAAUCCUAUAUGUGGUUCUGGCAAUGUCUAGAGAAAUUGUCUGAUGGAUGUGAGGAUAACAUGCAAAGGAAGCAGAUCUCUUUCAUGUUUUUGGGAAUGAAGCAAGACAAAUCUUCUUUGUACACUACUUAUACUACCUUUUUACUAAUACUAACCUUUGUAACUGGAGUAUUAGCUUACCUUUUUGAUAUUCCUUAUGAAUAUCUAACCAAAAACAGGGUAUUGUGGUAUCUGGCUAUGUCUAUAGUGCUUAUUAAAAUUGAAAGUUCAUACACUGUGAAAGUUAAUGGAAAAAGUUUGCAAGAUUGA